ACGUAGGGCAGGGCGGGGCCGUACAAACAAGCUGGCGCCGGGCGCCGGCUGCGGCGCUUCCAGCCGGGCAGGGCGGCAGCGGGUGUUCGCUUCUCCCGCUCCCCUCCUUCCCUCCCCGCACGCCGCCGCCGGGCGCGCUUCCCCCGGCUCCCGCCGGCACCCGCGGGCUCCCAUGGAAGAACGGGGCGGGCGCUGCCCCACGGCUCCGCGCCCCGGCGCAAAGUUUCUGUUUGAGAAAUACGUGUUCGCUCAGCAAAACAAAAACAACUUUUAAAGGUUGUUCUCAGUGGAAAACACUCUAUGCCCCAUUACCUACUUGAGUGAAACCAGACUAAGAACUUCUGUCAUGGCAGCUUUUCUGCUGGGAGCUGUGUUGCUUAUUGUUCAACCUGAGAUAGUGCCUUCCAGACCGGCUAUAAAUUCGAAGACUGAGACGACUUCUCAGUCUGUUCAGAGAGAGCUUUUAAAGAAAACAUCUCAAAAAAAUGACUUCAAGGAGAACAUUCAUUCUAAUGGAUCGUGCCGGCAGCUGCCACAGACCAUCAUUAUUGGAGUAAGGAAAGGUGGAACAAGAGCUUUGUUAGAGAUGUUGAGUCUCCAUCCAGAUAUUGCGGCAGCAGAAAGUGAAGUUCACUUCUUUGACUGGGAAGAUCAUUACAGAAAUGGAUUGCAGUGGUAUAUUAAUCAAAUGCCAUUGUCUUAUCCCCAUCAGAUCACCGUGGAAAAAACUCCAGCAUAUUUCACAUCACCUAAAGUGCCUGAAAGAGUUUAUAACAUGAAUGAAUCAAUGAGACUACUCCUUAUUUUAAGAGACCCAAGUGAGAGAGUACUAUCAGAUUACACCCAAGUGUUCUAUAAUCACAUGCAGAAGCACAAGCCGUAUCCAUCCAUUGAACAAUUCCUGAUUAAAGAUGGUGAACUCAAUGUGGACUACAAGGCAAUAAACAGAAGCUUAUACUACAUUCACAUGCAAAACUGGCUGAAGUAUUUUCCUCUUGAUCGUAUCCACAUUGUAGAUGGGGAUAAACUAAUCAAAGAUCCCUUCCCAGAAAUAGAGAAGGUAGAGAGAUUUUUGAAGUUAUCACCACAGAUAAAUGCUUCAAACUUUUAUUUCAAUAAAACUAAAGGCUUCUACUGCCUAAGGGACAGUGGUAGGGAGCGUUGUUUACAUGAGUCAAAAGGACGAGCACACCCACAAGUAGAUACCUGGUUACUCGAGAAACUGCAUGAGUAUUUCCAUGAACCCAACAAGAAAUUUUUUGAGCUUGUGGGCAGAACAUUUGACUGGCACUCAUUUGUGGCAAGUUAGUGGCAAACUUCAGAACCGAUGUUCCAAUGUACAUUUAGAAAUUUUAAAAAGGGCAUUUAAGCUAUAAUUUAUUUGUAAAAAUCCAUAAAUACUUCUGUACAGUAUUAGAUUCACAAUUGCCAUAUAUACUAGUUAUAUUUUUCUACUUGUUAAAUUUGAAAGCAUUUUGUAUUGUUUUUCAUGGUUGUUAACAUUGUGUAUGAUGUGUCUAUAUGAAGAAACUAAAUUAUUUCACUGCA